CAUUUUGACACUAGAAAGACAGAAGAAAAAAAAAACACACAAAAUUAAAUUAAGUCAGUAAUGUUGGCAGUGACGGGUCAAAAUUCUUGUUUUACAAAAAAAUUACUACAAAAACCUUGGGAAUUAACAAGAAAAAUAUCUGCAAGAGGUCAUCAAUAUGGAGGCCCAAAGUUCACCAAAAUUGUUCCCAAGCUUGUUUAUCUGCAUAAUCCUUUGACUUAUGUUUGGACACAAUUUCAACUUGCUCGACUUCGUCUUUUGUGGGAUCGGGAAUUUGAACAGGAUGAGUUUUGUCGAGGAACAAGACAGUCAGCAACUGUAAUGACGGAUUGCAUUCGUGAACAAGACCAAUUAAGCAUCAGCAAUUUCACAACACCAAUUGGUUAUCAACAAAUUACACGUGACAUGCAACUAUCAAAAAAUGAUGCCCGCCUUCGACUUGUUCGAUUUAGAUAUCAAGACUUCCAUCGAGCUAUUCCUAUGAAAGUUGCACUUUUUAAACGCGGAGAAAACAAAAACUGUUUCAUCGAUAUGUUAUUUGUUGGAAUGCGAAACACCAAAGAUUUUGAAAGUCUCCAAGAACUUAAAUUAAUUGGCAAAACCCUAAAUCAGCUUGAAAAUGAAAUGAAAAUUCAUCCAAAAUCCGAUACAACUCGUCAUAGAAUUUUAUUUGCUGAAAUUUAUAUGCGUUUCUUUAGAAAUUAUACUCCAAGUGUUCCGAAAGAGUGGUCAGUAUCAUUUUACAAAAUCGUUUCGUUUGAUGUAUUGAAUUUUAGAGAAUAAAAGAGACAAAAAAAAAUUGA